AUGCCGAUUCAUGACGACAUUGAUCCGCACCGCGACCCGUUACAAAUUCCGGUAGCAGCACAGACCGACGAUAACCACGAGGCUAACGGCGCGUUCUGGACUAGCAAACAGACCAAUGUAACGGCUGACAGCAGCAGGGAUGACGUGCAUGUGGGCAAUGGCGAGCAGCGAGUGCCGACACCACCGCCGGAGAGCGCCAAGCAGCCAGUGCCGCUGCUGUCGUUUUCAGUGGGCCGCAUUGUGGACCGGUCGAAGCGGGUGCCCGGAUACACAUUUGAUGUAACCACGAACCUCAGCCCGUACCGGCGGCGCAAGUACACGGGCAUCGAGCGCAACCAGGUAGAAUUUGAGCGGCUGGAGGCACACCUACGCGGAACAUACCCUGAGUGCCUGGUACCGACGCUGGGACCUGGCACCACGGUGAGCAAAUACGUGCCUGACUACCAGAACGACCGGCUGGUGGUGAUGCUGCUGCAGCAGUGGCUGUCGCGCGUCUCGAUCCACCCGAUCCUGCGGCAGGACUACGAGCUGAGGCAGUUUGUCGAAGCGCCAUUUGCAUUCAACCCGGCGCUUGCACCGGUGGUUCCGCAACCGCCGCAGUCGAACACAGGUUUCUUCUCGUGGGGCAAGAGCAAGCAGAAGAUCUCGCAUAGCGCCAACCCGACGCCGUUUGAGCAGCACCUGGAGAAGACGUCAGAUAACCUGGCCCUGUUUGGCAGGAACCUGCCCGAGGCCCGGCGGUGGCACGGGCGCCUGGCGCGCACGCGCACGCGUCUAUCACUGACGUCAGUGGGCGUAAUCGAACACAACCCACAGCUGGCACGGACAUUCAAGCGGUUUGGCAAGUCAUUUGUACACAUGGGCCACUCGGCACAGAUGCAGGCCAACACGGAAGGCUCACGGACCAUCGCUGUCGAGGACAUCUACACCAUUUCGUGCGAGAACGUGCAGAAGACGCUGAUGAACCGCCAGGUCAUCUUCACCGAACACCAGGUAGCCCAGCACCAGCUGGAGCGCAAGCGCCAGUCGGUGGCUGUGCUGCGCGCGUCGUCAUCCAUCAGCCCGGAACAGGUGCAGGCGACGCUUGACGAGUUCAAUGUCGCCAAGGCCGACGCCGAUGGCAAGCAGGAGAGGGCCGAGCGGGUUGAUCGUGUGCUGGCUGCCGACCUGCAGGCCUUUGAGGCGAACAGGGAGAGGGACUUCCAGGACCUGUUUGCCACGUACGCCAAGGACCAGCUGCAGGUCGAGAAGCAGAUACUGGGCGAGCUGAAGUCGGUUCUGGACUUUAUUCGCCAGGGCAGCGACCCGCCUGCUGCUGCUGGUGCCUCGCACGCCACCGCCUAGGACGGACCUGGGCCAAUGCACAUGCACCCCCUCCCCCGUAACUCGCUCCGCAGCCUUUAUUACCUCUUUUCUAAUUAACAUUCCGUGUACCAAGCCUGGUGCCGUCCAAUGUCAGACUGCUGGCGGUGCCUGGUGGUCCAGGGCGGAGCAGCCAUUGGCGCGUCUAAACCCCGCUUGUGAUCCUAUCUCGCUAGUGCCCGAAAAAACCUCGCGCUCGAUCCCGCUUUUGGCAAUAAUUGAUCCUAUCUCACCUGCUUUGUCGCCUGCCCCCUGCUUGAAUACCGAGUGCUUUUGAUGUUCGCAAUAAAACUUUUUACUACCC